GUUGAGUCAAUCAUGAUUUUGAAGUACCUGGGGACCGUUUCGCCCUCCAGUGAUAGUGAAAAUCGUGUAGUGGCUAUUGCCUGGUCUCCAAAUAAUCUGAAACUAGCUGUAGCCUUGUCAGACAGAUCUAUUUAUCUAUUCGAUGAGAAUGGAAAUAGAAAGGAUCGGUUUUCCACUAAACCUGUGGAUUCCAAGUUUGGAAAGAAAAGUUACGUUGUCAAGGCAAUAGCCUUCUCCUCGGACUCAACAAAAAUAGCUGUUGGCCAAAGUGACAACAUCAUCUACGUCUACAAAAUCGGCGAAGAAUGGGGUGAUAAAAAAGUCAUCUGUAACAAAUUCGGCCAGAGUAGUGCAGUGACUUGCAUGCUAUGGCCUCCAGAGGGUCCAAUAAUCGUGGGUCUAGCAGAUGGAAAAGUGCGGGUGUCUAUUUUAAAAGCGCAUAAGGCCCAGACCCUCUACACAGCCGACGCGAUGACAAUAGCCCUCGCAGGAAACGGUAAAAACACUGGAUUUCUCUCUAGCCACGCAGACGGCAGUAUAAUCCGCUACUUCCUGAAGAACGACGGAAACACCGAGCCUUCCGGACGAGUCGUUACCCACGGAGUCCCUGCUUACGCCCUCGCCUGGGCUCAAGGUCAUAUUUGCGCAGGUGGAUGCGACAAGCGAUUAACAAUCUACGAUUCCCACGGUAAAGUUGCAAAAAUCUUUGAUUACUCUCGCGAUCCCGAUGACAAGGAGAUCUCAAUCGCCUGCUGCAGCCCAAGUGGACAGAGCGUUGCCAUCGGCUCCUGGAACAGAAUUCGAACCAUCGACUGGAGUCCAAGACGCUCCAUCUGGGAGGAGACCAACACCCGGGAACUCCCGAACCUCUAUACAGUGACUGCCCUCGCCUGGAGAAGAGAUGGCUCCAGGCUCGUCAUCGGAGGUCUCACUGGAGCAGUCGAACAAUUUGAAACUGUACUGAAACGGGCGAUGGUGCGAGGAAGCCACGAAGUCGCCUACGUCGGUCCAAGCCAAGUGGUUAUCCGUUCGCUGAACAAUUCUACUCGUCCCGUGAUCAUUAAAUCGUCAACGGGGAAUGAGAUCGAGGAUGUCAGGGUGAUGGGUCGCUCUGACAACCACAUAGUCGCCAGGACGAACUCGACUCUUCUCAUUAGUGAUAUCGAGCUGAAUCUUCUGAGCGAAAUUCCUUGGGAGGAUAAACCAGGGGGUGAAAAAUUCUUCUUCGAAUACCCAGGAGUUUGUCUGAUAUUCUACGCCGGUGAGCUUACAAUCGUGGAGUACGGGAAGAACGAGAUCCUGGGGGCUGUGAGAACUGAAGCUGUCAAUCCCCACGUCGUGUCAGUGAGAAUUAACGAGCGUCAGGUGGCAGGAAUGCCGGAUAACAAACGAUUGGCUUAUCUCCUCGAUCCAAAGACAAUCCGUAUCAUUGAUUUCCUAACCGGCUCGACCAUCAGCGUCAUUACCCACGAUGCGAGGGUCGAUUGGUUGGAGCUGAGUGAAACUGGGCAUCGAUUGCUGUCGAGGGACAAGAAGGGAAGACUUUGGUUGUGCGACGACAAGGGAGGCAGAACACUUCUGCUAACGGGUACAGGAUUCGCUUCGUGGGUACCAGGAAGUGAUGUUGCUGUCGCCCAGACUGGAAAUAAACUUGCAGUAUGGUACAAUGUUGAUGCACCAGAGGCUGCAACUCUCAUGUCCAUCCGGGGAGAUGCCAUAGACAUUGAGAGGGAACCAGGGAAGACAGCUGUGGUCGUCGAAGACGCAGGAUCCAAAGUAUUUCAUCCUCUGGACGAGGGUUUGAUCGAAUUUGGGACAGCUCUUCAUGACAACGAUUUUGGCAGAGUUGUCCUCUUCCUGGAAGAACUCGGUGAUCGGCCGCAGGUGGAGGCGAUGUGGGAGAAUGUUGCCAGAAAUGCAAUGGCUGAGAGGAAGUUUCUCGUUGCUGCUCGAUGCUACGCAGCACUCGGUGACGUUGCUUGUUCGAGUUUUCUCAAGGACAUCGUAAAAACCGGUGAAAAAUACGCGAAGGAGACUGGGAAUGACCCAAUGGGAUCACCAGACUGCUGGGCUAAGCUGGCGAUUCUCAGUGGAGAACUGAAGACAGCGGAGGCCAUUUACCUGGAGCAAAACGAACUCGAGAAAGCCCUGAAGAUGUACCAGAAGUACUGGCACUGGGAGGACGCCCUGAGCCUCGCCGAAUCCCGGGAUUGGUCGGGCCUGAAAGAGCUCAAGGAGAAGCACUUGUCCUGGUUAUCAAAAAGCGGUCAGUCAGCACGAGCUGCGUCAAUAAUCGAGAAUGACGAUCCGAGAAAAUCUGUGAAGCUCUUCCUCGAGGCGGGACGAGCAGGUAGAGCUGGACGUCUCCUUCUCGUCCACGAAGAGCUGCUCAGCGACCAGGACAUCACGAAACAAGUGGUGAAGGCUCUGAAGUCAUCGGAUCUCAUGGAACUCGCUGGAGAGAUCCUGGAGAGAACCAACGACUUUGCAGGGGCGAUAAAAUGCUACGGCGAAGCCGGGGUGUUCGCCAGGGCUCUCGAUCUAGCCAGAUCCGUCGAACCCAACUCCGUUGUCUCACUCGAGAAAGAAUGGGGUCAUCAUCUGGCAAAUGGCGGGCACUUCGAUGCCGCUAUCAACCACUUUAUCGAGGCAGGAGAGACUGCACUAGCAUUGAACGCUGCGAUAAAUGCAAAACAAUGGCGAAAAGCCCUGCAAAUUGUUCAGGUAAUCGACAGCGAUGAUCCCCUCAUUCAGGAGCAGUGUGCAAAGCUCGGAGAGUAUUACGCAUCGAUGGGAGACGCCAAUCUUGCGGAAAAUCUUUUCCUUCGAGCUGGUGUACCCCAAAGAGCAGUAGAGGUUCACAUUAAAUCCAACAACUGGUCGAGAGCCUAUGAAGUUGCAAUGGAAUACAUGAAAUCCGAAGAGGCUAUUGACGUCCUCACAGGACAUGCCGAGAGCCUUCAGGAGGCCGGGGACUUCAGGUACGCCGAGGCCCUCUUCGUGGCGAUCGGUCAGUACGACGCGGCCAUCGCCAUGUACAGAAGAGCGGGACUGAGAAACGACAUGAUUCGACUCGUUUCUGAACAUCGCCCUGAUCUGCUAAAAACAACUCAUGCUUAUCUAGCGAGGGAAUUAGAUGCUGCUGGUAAGACCAGAGAAGCUGAAGAGCACUUCCUCGGGGCUGAGGACUGGAAGGGAGCGGUUAGUGCUUACAAAAACGUUAACAUGUGGGAAGAUGCUCUUAGGGUCGCUAAAGUGGCCGCCGGAGAUAAAGCUGGGCAUCAGGUGGCCCUCAUGUGGGCUAGAACUCUAGCUCCCGAACUCAGUGCUCGACUUCUUAUGAGACUGAGUUAUUUGGAUGCUUGUCUUAAUAUCGCCUGUGAGGCGGGGCUGUUUGAUUGGGCCUUAGAGACCGUAAAGUACGGGAAUACUGAGCAGCAGAAGGAAGUUUACUACAGGUAUGCGAUGGCACUGGAGGACGAGGGAAAGUACCAGGAAGCUGAGAAGGAGUUCAUUCGGGCGGGAAAGGCAACUGAAGCUGUGCAGAUGUACAUUCACACGAGAGAUUGGGACGCUGCGGAAGAGGUGGCACAAUCCGUUGGACAGGAGGCUGUGGCGCAGGUUCUGGUGGCCAGGGCAUCCGAAGCUGCUGAUAAUCAGGACUUUGCGUUUGCUGAGUCGUUACUUCUGAGGGCUCACAAACCGGAGAUCAUUGUGGAGCAUUACAAGAAGGCGGGGAUGUGGUCGGAAGCAAUGAGGGUAUGCAGAGAGUAUUUGCCGCGUCAGGAAGCUUCAUUGAGGCGUGAAUUAUCGCAGAAGAGUUCUGGAAUCGAGGGGGUGAACAGCCUGGAUGAGGCUCGACGAUGGUUGGAGGAGGGCGAGGUCAGAACUGCUUUGGAUAUCCUGAUCUUUGAUCCACAUCCUUCGAGACCGAUUCUCAUUCAAGCUGCUGAUAUUCUCCUGAAUCAAGCGGAACCAGAGACUGCUCUUCAAGUUGGUGGUGAUCUUGGGAAUAAAUUAGUUCUUCUUGGGGAGCAUGCGUUGGCCGCUCAAGUCUAUCUUCAAGCGGAUAAACUCAAGGAGGCGAUCAAUGCAUUGGCAUCUGUUGGGGAUUGGAUGAGGGCGAAGAGAAUCGUUCGGGAAUUGGCGCCAGAGUUGGAGUCCUAUCUUGAGGACAAAUACAGGGAGAAUGUGGGGAGGGACAGUGGGGAUAGAAUGACAGAGGGAAGUGUCGACUCGACUUUGGAUAGUUUAGCUCGAAAGGGUCAGUGGAUCCAAGUAUUUGAAUCUGCGAGCUCUCAGAGUCCUGAGUUGUUGCAUAAGUACGUAGCGCAGAGAGCAGCGCAGUUAUUGAAAUCUGGAACUCCUGAACAAGCUCUGCAGCUUUACAAUACUUUUGGUACACCCCCAAUUGCUCAGUACCAUAAUCUCUAUUAUCAUCUAGCUGAAGCUGUUUUGAAUUCUCAUGAUGGGUCUCUGGAUGCUCGGUACAGUCGAUUAUCUCAACUCCGGAGUUUUUUGUUGGGAUUGUUGAGAAAUAUUGAGAGUUCUUCGUCGAAUGAGGAGAAAUUUGGAAGACUGCUCAAGGUUGCUCAUUAUUCAGCUGUUAAUUCAGCUUGUCAGGGUGUCACAGCUGUUGCCCAGCUCGAAAUGAAGAGUUCUGUUUCUCUUUUGAGAUUCUCUGAUAUCCUGUUGGCUGACAGAUGUUACUAUGAAGCUGGGGUUGAGUGCAGGAAGGCUGGAUCUCACAGCGAAGCAUUUGUCUUCCUCAAUCACUUCUUGGAUCUCGAGGAAUGCAUCGAAGAGGGUGACGGGAGUAUUUUAGACGUCGAUGAUCUGAGGAUAACGGAUUUUCCGCUGGAAGUUCCGUUGCCCGAGGACUUGAGUCUUUCCAGAGAGGAGAGGGAGGAGGUGCGGGAGUGGGUGCUGGCUGUGUCCAUGGAUCAGAAGGUGGAGCAAGGGCUUCCAGUGGACAACAGGGGAGUCUACAUCGGGUCCUUGACCUGUCCCGCUAAUGGAUCUACACCCCUUCAAGAAUGUGCCUUAACUGGGUAUCCUAUAAGAGGACCUACUGUCCGUUUUGAUGGGAGUAGUCGAGUUGUUGAUAGAGAGGACUGGAAUAAAUUAUUAAAUGCGGCUAGACAAGCACCCCAGGACUCCCCUCUCAAUGAUGUCCUAGCAUUUAUACAGGAAUGGUGUGGCAAUUUACCAAGUUAUACUUUUUAAUUAAUUGUUGUAUCAUAGAGGAAUUACCACUGGACGUCUGCGGUCAGAUUUUUUAUUAUUUCUGACAUUAGG